CCAUUGUGGUGUGUCUGCUACGCAUGCGCCACCUCGAAAGGAACUCUGUCGAGGUCGAACUGUAGGAUCUGUAUAAUCUUGAGCAAAACAAGACACAAAAUGCCCGACGACUAUGAUAAAGCAGCAUACCCCGAGCCUCCGCGACAAACUCCGGCCGUGGAUAAGCAGACGGCGCUGCCAAACCCAGCUCUAAUUCUGUCUAAACUCUUCUAUUACACCGUGGACCUUCCUGUCACCACAUUUAGAGAUACUAUCGACAGCAUUCGGUCUAAAAAUAAGCUGGUCUACUACCACCAGAAGUUUCGCCGUGUUCCCGACCUGAUGGACUGCAAGGAGGGAGACUUCACCUGCUACUAUGAGGCUGACAUGCAGUGGAGGAGAGACUAUAAAGUGGAUCAGGAGAUUGUGAAGGUGAUCCAGGAACGAAUGAGGGCCUGUCAGCAGAGAGAAGGGCACAGCUACCAGCAGAACUGCACCAAAGAAAUCCAGCAGUUUAAUGAGGUGACCAAGAACUUCCAGUCACGCUAUGGAGACCUUGGGGCCUACGCUAAUGCGAGGAAGUGUCUAAUGAAGCAAAAAGAACGAAUGAUGGCAGCUCAGGCCCAAAGUGCUUAAAAACGGUCCUUUCUGUCCAGUGUAUGAAUUGUAAAAUAAAGUUUAUGUGAGUAAAAUGUG